CGGAAUAUUGAUUUUAUUUGCACUCAAUAAUAAUAAUAAUAUUUGUGUGAACACUGAUCAGUUAGUUAUCUGUUUAGAAGAAUUGCAUUCACUUUGUCAGUCAUUUCGAUUUCAAUCGAGAGGAGAGAUCUGUACGCUUGUGACUUGUGAGCUUUUCAUUACUGAUUCUAUUUUUCGAGAGAAUUGAAGGUGGGUUUACCUAUGGAUGUGCUUGUUAAUUGUUUAUCUGUUAAAUAAGUUUUGAAUGUCGUUAGGGAGAAUUAUUUAGGCUUACUUUCACACUGUAGUAGGUAAUGAAUGAGUUGUGGUAGUUGGUGCUUCUUUAUUGAUGUACCGGUGAUUUAGUGGAAACAGGAGCCUUGCUUUAACACCAGAAGUAGGAUGUAUGUGAGACUACAGUCGUAGAAAUUCGUUGUCUCCAUUUCAUGCAUUUCUGAGCAUGAUAUUUGUCAUCCAGUCUCUGUUGGAAGUGUUUACUGUUAGAUGUCAAUUGCUCCUCAUUGAAAUGUACGAUGUUGGCAUGUAGGCAUUACUGACUGUUAAGUGGAAGUAACUUCAUGUCUGUUGAUGCGACGAUUAAGCGUUUGAGAUGAAGUGAUGCUGCUCAUGGUCGUAGAUGAAAGUACACCGUGUUGCUCAUGAUUUAAAUUGCAAGACGUGACAUCGAGAUCGGAAUUGAUUUCCAUUUCAACAUCAGUGAUUUUAGGUGGAAGGAAGAAAUUAUGUUGUUUGAUAUCGCCUUUGCUCUUAUUAGCUGACAAGAUUCGCAUUGUCCACUUUAAGGCUGUCCACAGGUCGACCAAGUCCUUUCCUCUUGAAUAAAUCAACUUCUCUGUUUGUACAAGACGGAGUGAGUUGAUUAUGAACUGGGGAGUAGAGUUGGCGUGCAAUGUCGAACAUGCGUUAACCACCAGCUUCAGUUGUUUGGAGGCAAGUAAUUACUGGAUCUCGGGUUGCCGACAACAUGACGAAGACUUGAAAUACAGGAUAAUCAGUAAAACAUAGUAGUGGAAUUAACGGAAUGAAUAUGUCCUCCCGGAGAUGAAUAGUGAGCUUCUCACCUUGAAAGCUGAAUGAUAGUCAUGAGUUUCAUUUGUCUUGUGGCCAUGAGUGUGCAAAGAUGAAACGUAAAAAAUUAGGGAGAACCGUUUGUUCAGAGCCUCUUAGUUUCCAGUGGACAUCUGACGAAAUUACAUAAGAGUCGUUGAGUAAGUAACCCUUUAUCCAGCUAAAAUCCGAGCAUUGCAAUUCGCUUAACUCCUCGAGACUGCAAGAGAUGUGUCGGGAAUGAUCUGUUUACAGUGGAAGACUCAUUCGAAGUGAAAACACGCCAUCGCUGACCACUUUGAAAUUAGAUAUCAAGCAUAGGUUUGCAAAAAAUUCUUUAUUCCUUCUGAAAAGUGCAUUGCCUUUGAUUUUACAGAUGAAAAGAAAAGCAGAAAACCUUGAGAGACAAACUAAGAGUCAGGACAAAUGGAUGGAUUUCGCAGAAAAAAAUAUCGGUGGAUGGAUAAGAGUGGUGGCAAAAUGUGAUUGCUCAUGUGUUUGUUAUGGAAAGUUAGCUAGUAUAUCACCCUCUCGAAAAUUCUUUGCAAUGCGGAAGGUGAUGGUUUUUGAUCCGUUGAGUUUCGACGAGAGAGGCAUCUGUGAAGUGAAUCCCGAAAAGCUAUAUGAGCUUGUCAAAUCGGGAAAGGACAUCGAACAAUCAAGAAGUGUGAGGCGGAGAUCACUAUGUCUACACGGGGAAGACUGCUCGUGUCUGUUGUCAGAAGCGACGACACAGAGUGUGAGGAAGUCAAGACGUUUGGAAGGAAAGAAAUCUACUCCACGUUGUGUACCAGGUCAUGUAGUGAUUAGUUUCACUGAACUUGUCACAAUGGAAACUUUGCCAAUUAGGCUUUCUCAGCAGCCUAAAGGUGUCCAGAAGCCUAACAGAAUCGCACUGACAAGACAGGCCAGUGAAGUGAAACGUGGUGGCGAUAGUGACGAGGUGUUGAGGAGCGCCAAGACUCCGACAUCAAAACUGCGUAAGAAUUCACAAUGUACCAAUGAGAGGAGCAUGCAUGAUGGGAGAAAGCGUGUGAAGCGGGAGAAUAACCCUGAGGUAGGUCAUGCUAUUCCAAUUGUUUUCAUCUACUCAUGUGGUGAGCACACUUUGGUAGCUUUCAUGAUUGACAGAGACCAGAUUUGUUACUGGAGACUACUUCUCACGCGUGAAGAUACAUACAUGGACACAGACACACACACACUACUCUGGUAGUGUGAUAACGGCGAGGAAUAUCCUGACUUAAGUCGGUUCUGGAUGUUUAGAAGUACUCAGCAUGAUUGGAUUGCCUGCUCUUGACUGAGAACUUUUGUCUCUUAAUAAUCAAUAUUGAGGUGUUUGAGGCUCCUAAACACAAGCUGGGAAUAGUCAAGAAUUGAACAACCACACACCAUUUCCAGCCCCAGUGUGCUUCGACAUCUGAGACAAACACUCACAUCUGCAGCACAAAGUAUUCAGGUCCCUCCACUUCAUUUAUUCAGAAUAUGCUGACUGAAAUCUGAAGGAGGUGAUGUCGAGAAUUUGAGGAGAUACUGUCAUGUGUGCGUGUGUGUGAUUUGUUCUCCGUGUAGACAGACCCAUCUACCUGAUGACCUAUGGAAUACUAAUGGCGUCCCAGUGACUUUGUGCGUGCAGCUGAGACUUCGAAUCACAAUCCCUUGCGAAUAUAGUGGUGCAUUGUGCUAGGAUGAACGCGCAAGCACUGAAAUCUCCGAGGUGAUAGACAAGAAACAGUGGUGACGCUUUCAGUUUUAGUGGUGAGAGUAUCUGAGAUAGAGUUGUAGUGGUGGCUACUUACUUACUUACUACUGAUGUAAUGGGUGGGUCAGUGGAGAAAUCGAAUGGCUAGGUGAAUGGUUGUUCAUGUGGUAGAGUGGUGAUACUCAGAGAUUCCUGCUGUCCAGAGUAGUAGAUCGGCUGAGUGAUGGACGUACUAGUAUUGUUCACCUUGUCUGUGGCUAUCCAAUCUGGACAGUGUCCCACAGAACACUAAUGGACUAUGUAAUUUCCAGCAGAGUGAAUUGUAUACUGUUAGAAAUUCAGUGGUGUGACUGAAAGCUGUUUCCCACUGGUCAGAAGACAAUUCCCUGUUGAAUACAAAUACUGUUGUAUUGAGAUUGUGAAUGAGAAGGAAAUCCUGUUUACUGAUAUGCAUUCUGUGUAUAAACUCGGAGUGAAACUUCGCCAUCUCUCUGAAGGGUUGUGUUUCUGCCUGUAUUGGUAUAUUGUUUAAUAUUUAAUCCUUGUUUUCUCUUAAACUAGACGAAUCUGAAUGAAAGGACCACUACUCAACCUGGAGACACUUGGAAUAUAGGAAUUGGGGAAGCUGGAAGAUCCAGAACACACAUGAGGAACAAUGGG